AUGGCCGCUGAAGAGCCUGCGCCACCUGCUGCGCCGGUCCCGGCGGACCCGGCGAAGCCCCAGAAGAAGCGCUCCCCCAAUCGCUUGGUUGUGGAGGAAGCGCUGAAUGACGACAAUUCGGUAAUCUCUCUGUCGCAGGCAAAGAUGGAGGAGCUGAACCUCUUCCGUGGCGACAAUGUGCUGAUCAAGGGCAAGAAGCGCAAGGACACGGUGUGCAUCGUGCUGGCCGAUGAGAACUUGGACGACAGCAAAAUCCGCAUGAACAAGGUGGUUCGCAAGAACCUGCGCGUGCGCCUGGGCGACAUCAUAUCAGUGCAUGCAUGCGGGGACGUGCCCUAUGGGAAGCGAAUCCAUGUGCUGCCCCUUGACGACACCAUUGAAGGAAUCACAGGCAACCUGUUCGACACGUACUUGAAGCCGUACUUCCUGGAGGCUUAUAGGCCUGCACGCCAGGGUGACCUCUUCCUGGUGCGAGGAGGUUUCCGUCCGGUGGAGUUCAAGGUGGUGGGCGUGGACCCUGGUGAGUUUGUGAUCGUGGCCCCCGACACGGUGAUCCACUGCGAGGGCGAGCCAGUGAAGCGCGAAGACGAGGAACGCCUUGACGACGUUGGCUAUGACGACAUCGGUGGCUGCAAGAAGGCCAUGGGCCAGAUCCGUGAGAUGAUUGAGCUGCCCUUGCGCCACCCAACUUUGUUCAAGACACUGGGAGUGAAGCCUCCACGCGGUGUGCUGUUGUAUGGUCCUCCGGGUAGUGGCAAGACUCUUAUUGCCCGAGCCAUUGCAAAUGAGACAGGAGCUUUCUUCUUCCUGAUCAAUGGCCCCGAAAUCAUGUCCAAGAUGGCAGGCGAGGCAGAGUCCAACCUUCGCAAGGCGUUCGAAGAGGCCGAGAAGAACUCGCCGGCCAUCAUCUUCAUUGAUGAGAUCGAUUCAAUUGCUCCCAAGCGAGACAAGACCAGCGGCGAAGUGGAGAAGCGGGUGGUGUCCCAGCUGUUGACACUCAUGGAUGGCAUCAAGGGGCGAGGGCAAGUGGUGGUGAUCGCAGCCACCAACCGACCGAACUCCAUUGAUGCGGCGCUGCGUCGCUUUGGCCGAUUCGAUCGAGAGUUGGAUAUCGGAGUGCCUGAUGACAAUGGCAGGCUGGAGAUUCUGCGAAUCCACACCAAAAACAUGAAGUUGGCCACGGACGUGAAGCUGGAGGAGGUUGCGUCCAACACACACGGCUUCGUGGGAGCAGACUUGGCGCAGCUAUGCACAGAAGCCGCACUCACAUGCAUCCGCGAGAAGAUGGACCUCAUUGACUUGGAGGAGGAGACCAUUGACGCGGAAGUGCUGGACUCGAUGGCGGUGUCGCAAGACCACUUCAAGUCUGCAAUGGGCACCGUGAAUCCUUCAUCUCUCCGUGAGACCGUAGUUGAAGUGCCAAACAUCAAGUGGGACGACAUUGGAGGCUUGGAGGACACCAAGCGGUCCUUGCAGGAAACCAUCCUUUAUCCCAUUGACCAUCCGGAAAAGUUCGAAAAGUUUGGCAUGCAGCCUUCCAGAGGGGUGCUGUUCUAUGGGCCUCCGGGCUGUGGCAAGACGUUGCUGGCCAAGGCAGUGGCAAGUGAGUGCUCUGCCAACUUCGUGAGCAUCAAGGGCCCCGAGCUUUUGACCAUGUGGUUCGGUGAGUCCGAGGCCAACGUGCGAGAGGUCUUUGACAAGGCACGUGCAGCCGCGCCAUGCGUGCUGUUCUUUGACGAGCUGGAUUCGGUCGGCACAGCUCGUGGAUCGAGUCAGGGAGAUGCAGGAGGUGCAGGUGACCGUGUGAUGAAUCAGCUGCUCACCGAGAUUGACGGCGUUGGUGCGAAGAAGAACGUGUUCUUCAUUGGUGCCACGAACCGCCCUGAGCUGUUGGACGAGGCCUUGCUGCGUCCAGGCCGACUGGACCAGCUGAUCUACAUCCCUCUUCCCGAUCUGCCUGCGCGACAAGGCAUCCUGGAGGCUACCCUCAAAAAGUCGCCCAUUGCACCCAACGUGCCGCUGUCCUUCAUCGCGCAGAAGACUGAAGGCUUCAGCGGAGCUGACCUUGCAGAGCUUUGCCAGAGAGCUGCAAAGGCAGCCGUGCGUGAUGCCAUUGCAGCUGACGAGCUGCGAGCAGGUGACGAUGAUGCCAUGGACACCACUAUGGGCUCUGAGAUCAGCCGCAAGCACUUCGAAGAGGCCUUUGCAGGUGCGCGACGGUCGGUUGCAGGCUCUGACCUUGCAAAGUAUGACCAGUUCAGGAAGAAGUUCGACCCUGUGUACAUGAACUCCACCGCAGGUGGCGCCAGCGGCGUGGUCAUCAAUUGGCCUGACGAUGUGGGUAUCGGAGCCAGCGCCGCAGCUGCAGACGACGACGACGACCUCUAUGGCAAUGAAGCCAUGGCGCGAGCUUCGCCCGCAGGCUCCCUGCACAUGAGUGAGCAAGAGCGGCAAGAGCUGCUCAUGGCAGCACGAGUACACCUCCAAGGCCUGGGCCUCACAGCCCUCACCUUGCUCUCAGUGAAGUCGGAAAGCCUGGCGCUUGCAAAGCACGAGUGCAUGUUGCUUCUCGACGAAGAAGGCUUGGACGAGAGCCUCUGCUUGAUGGGAUUCGCCUCAGAUGCGCAGUCUGAGGCACUGAAAGAGCUCCGCGCCGGCUUGACCGUGAGCGACCUUCAGGUGGUCAUCAACACGGCUCCUGGGCCAACACCGCCGGGCUGCACCGUGUGCGAGGCUUGCCUGGCUUGCUGGAGCCGCUGCGCAGCGUCUCCUGCCGUUGAGGUGCCCCGGACCGACGUUCCGACGCUCCUUGCGCUGCUUGAGGCUGCGGUGGCGCAGUCUCAGGGCCCGGCGAUGCUCAGGCUGUCAGAACAUGAGGAGGUGUGGGUUACGUCCACUGGCACGAGCGAGAAGAGGGCCGCGCAGAUUGAAGGGUUUGCACCCGCCCUUUGCCGUCCUGCGCUGGGCCGAUUUGGAGUGCUGGCGGAGGCCGUUUGCUGGUACGACAGCCCCUGGCAGGGUCAGAUCCUGAAGGCGCGGUGGCUCGCUGGCCCCGCAUCUGGAUGGCGAAGACCGGAGGCCCCUCUCCGUCUUGCCCCAGCCGGAAACUGCGCAGACUGGCUCGCAGGGCAGGAGGCGGCUGUGGCGAGCACGGUUGACCCGCAGCUUGCAGUUCGUGUUUCUACGGCCAGCCUGGACAGCUUGGAGGUUGCUUGGCGGUUUCCUUCCGAGACAUGUGAAAAGCACAUCGAGGCGAACACAUGUGACCUCUUCUACUUUCCGGAGCUUCUCUCAGCGGAAGACUGUGAAACGCUGAUUGCGCUGGGCCUGUGCUAUCAGCAGCCAACUGCCAAACCACAGCCAGCCACAGCUGUUCCGCUACCUACACACAGCCGUGUUCCCGAUGCAGUGGAGGCACGACUGAGAGCUGCGCUGGCUCGUGCAGAAGGGCUGGAAGGGCUGGAUGACCCAUCUUCAGUCAUGGAAGAUACAGAGGAGGUGGGCGCCGCGCUUGUUUGGGAAGAGGCGGAGUCUGAGACACUUCGUAGCAGCAGGACUUCUCCAGGCAUCGAGGUGAAGGCUCGGCUCACCGUUUGGCUUUCGCCGGCGUUUGGCAGCGAGAUUACCUUUCCGCAAGGCAGUGGUCAGCCCAGCCUAUCCAGCCUAGACGUGGCAUCUUUGCGAGUGUUGCAGCCACUGCCGGGCAGCGCCAUGCUAGUCGUCUUCAAGUCCGAGGAACCAUGCUGGCAGCUGCGGCGUCCAGCACCUCAUGGUCAGUGGUCUCUGCAAAAGCUUUGGAAACGGUCGUAUGCACUGCACGUCAGCUGUGGUUGGAUCUGGGGAGUUGACAUGUUAAGUGAGCUAUGUCAGCGCAAGCGUCUGGCGAUUGACCUCGACACGUUUGCUGCCUUCUUGCUCGAACAUGUAGACAACAACCAGAAAGCACCGAGAACAUUGAAGCCCUUGCAAACGAAAAGCUGUCAUGGGCAAACAGCCACUAGCUUGUCUCAGAUCAAUGCCGAGAUCAGGCGCCGGCGUUACCUGGGCCUUUUCCUGCUGCUGCUUCUUGCCUGUCUGGCCCCGGGAGCAGAGGCUGCAAUCACCUGUGUCAAGGUAAAGCGCUGGAUUGAGUAUGUGGCCAUUUGCUGCUGCACAUGUGCGUCCAUUCUGUGCUCUGUCCUCGUGCUGUUCUUCUUGACCAACAAAACCGGCGGCGACGAUGGUUCUCCUUGGGAAGACUUCGAACCGCCGAAUGAGACCAACCUCACGGCCGUCGGCGCUGUGCGCCGACUCUGGACCAUGUUGCCUCAUGAGCUGAAGGCUACCUUGCAGCGACGACUCUAG